AUGUCUUUAUUUAUCUCGCGAAAUAACAAUAGUAAACAUCUCUUCCUUAUGACUACAGAUAGUAACAAAGUCAUACUCAAGGCAAAUUUGCCCCGUGUAAGGGACUUGAGUUUUGUUGGAAGGUUCCAUCAUAAUUUCGGAUUUGAAAAUGAUCUUUUCGAGUUCCUUCUAGACCAGAAAGAAUUGUGGGGGGAUAAGCUCUUUUACAUUAAUGAAAAACAAUUUAGUAAUUGGGUCCAAGAGGAAAAGCACAAGAUAAAGGAGGUACCAAUCUCUUCAAAUGACCUCGGUUUUGCAGACCUUAAUGUCCAGAAUGUACUGGAAGAAUCAUUUUACGAAAAGUUUGGGCAGAAUACUCCCAUACACAUGAAUUUUAGCAAAGGAGAUCAAUCCCAUGAACAAGCAUUGGCAAGAGGAGAUUCAGUUGACCUCCAUUCCAAGAUCGGGAGAAACGGUUUGGCAUUGAAUGUUGGAGGUACUAUCACUGCAAUGAAGUGGCUACCUUACGGAGAUAUCUCUUGUUUAGCUGUAUUUGUGAUCAAUCACGAAGAUGGGCUAGCCGCAUCGAUUUCAGAUCCUACUUUGAGCAUACUACCAAACAAAGCAAAUGGAAAAGUGAAAUCAUGCAUUCAGAUAUGGACUUGCUCUGACGAUGUUCGCUCAAUGACGUUAUCUGCCGUUUACGAUACAACUGCGUUUGGUGUUACGAAGGAGCUUUCUUGGCUUCCCGUCAAGUUUAGCAACGAAACAAUAGGUGUUCUUAUGGGAGGGUUUUCUGAUGGCAAGUUGCAUUUCUACAAGAUCGUGCGCUCCAUCUCAGAACAAACGAACUAUUAUGAGAUAUUGGAGCCUUCAUUCACAAUCGCCGUUAAAGAUGAGAGACAAGAGAAGCAAGAAAUUGUUCCAAUUACGUCCUAUGAUCUAUUAGAUCAUACUAAGGUUAUUGUGGGGACACUAGAUGGCGCUAUAGCUGAAUUCAUGUUGCCCGGUUUAGAGGACCCUAAAACUUUGAAAAUCCCAUCCUUCAUGGAAUAUUUGGCUGACUCAAGCAUAGUAUCCAUCACAAUAGCCCCAGUGCAGAAAUCUCAUGUGCUUUUAGUCAAUACUGCAACAACUCAAGCAUUUGCUUUACAAUAUGACAAUUUGCGACAAGGUAGAGUCGAAAGCAAUUACACAAUUUCGACGUUGAAGCCUCUACAUCACAAUGGAUAUCGUAUAUUCGUGUAUCCUGAUAGUGCUGAAAGUAUAGGAUAUACUUUUGUCCGUCAUCCGCACCAAAAGCAUGUUCUUUUGCUUCGAACGGAACUAGUGUCAACAUUUCACAUUAGUGAAUUCCUUAAUCAUCCGUUUGCGCUUGUGGGAAACAUCAUGGGUGACGUUUACGUUAUGAAUAUUGGACGGAAAAUCUUUGGAGUUCCCAAAGCCAAUAACAAAUUAGUUGUCCCGCUCAAACUUUGGUCGCUAACAAAAGAUGAAACCGGAAGUAUCAUUAAUCUUAGAGGAGAUUACGUUCCAACCUCUUCGGAAAAAUCAGACGUUUUGUACAGUUUUACUCCUCCAGAAGUAGUUAUUUCUGCUUCUGCAUGGAAUGAGACACUCGAAAGCAGUUCAACUUAUGCAUUUGGUACAUACACGGGUCUUUUAGUUCUAGAAAGAUUAGAUCCUUUGAUGAAUUAA